AUGGCGCCCAUCACACCCAGUCAAGCCGAGCUGGACCGGCGGAGGAUAGUCGGCAUCAACAAGGAGACCGUCACCGAUGUGACCUCGACCGACUACCCGGGAACCUACCCGGGUGAAGACCACUCCUGGGACCUCGAAAAGUUCGCAGAGAACUUUCGCAUCCAGUUCCACCACAACAGCCAGCACGACGCGUCAUUCUCCCUGAUCGGCGUCGACGCCUCCAUCGCGAACGCCUUCCGUCGCACCCUCAUCGCCGAGAUCCCGACCGUCGCUAUCGAGAACGUCUACAUCGAGAACAACACCUCCGUCAUCCAGGAUGAGGUCCUCGCCCACCGCCUGGGCCUGAUUCCCUUCACCGGCAACCCCGAGGGCAUCCACAACUUCCUUAAGUGGUACCGCAAGCCUGAGGAUGGCGGCAAGGGCUCUUUCGACUACAACACCGUCCAGCUGCGCCUACGCAUCGAGUGCACCCGCAACCCCGACGCCAGCCCCAACGAGAAGGACCCGAACGUUGCCUUCAACCAUGCGAGCGUCUACGCCAAGGAUAUUGAGUUUGUCCCCUCAGGCCGCCAGGUCGAGUUCUUCUCCGGCGAGGACGCCAUCCGUCCCGUCAACCCGGACAUCCUCAUCGCCAAGCUGAGGCCGGGCCAGUGCAUCGAGCUCGACAUGCACAUGCACAAGGGCAUCGGCGCCGACCACGCAAAGUUCUCCCCCGUCGCCACCGCGUCAUACCGUCUCAUGCCUACCAUCACUAUCACACGACCGAUCCUGGGCCAGGACGCCGAGAAGUUUGCUAAGUGCUUUCCCAAGGGCGUCAUCGGCAUCGAGAAGGUCACCAAGAAGGAGGCUGCGGUUGCCGGCAGCGGGUACGAGGGACACGAGGGCGAGAAGAAGGCUGUGGUCAAGGACGCCAUGAAGGAUACCGUCAGUCGCGAGUGCUUGCGCCAUGCCGAGUUUGACGGCAAGGUGAAGCUGGGCCGGGUGCGCGACCACUUCAUCUUUUCCAUCGAGAGCACCGGGCAGUGGGACAGCGAUCAAUUGUUUUUGGAGUCGGUUAAGCAGUUCAAGACGAGGUGUAUUCGUCUUGAGCAGCAGGUCAUCAACAUGGUUAGAUGA